CGCUCAUAAACUCGCGCGCACAGACGAGAGACGCAUCCUGAUCGAGUUAACUAACCCACCCGCACACCGCAGAGCAGCGUUAACUAACCCAUCCACUCACCGCGCCGCAGCUGGGAACACCAGAGCAGUAAAACAAACAUCUCUUCGAGAACUCAACAGAUCACAAUGUGUAACAUGGAGCCUCUUUUACCUGGAUUCAGAAACACACUAAAGCGUCAGGCAGCGUUUGAGCUGUUUGAAGACCCCAUGUCUCUGUUCUCGGGCUUCUAUCCGGUCGAGGAGGAGCAGGCCGCUCAGGAGGUCCCGUCCGGUCUGGACCGCUUCUCUCAGGAUGCCGGCGUGUGCUCGGUUCCUCUGCUGACCCCCUGCAGUAAAGCCGUGGUCAGUCAGGCGCUGAAGGACAGCUUUAACGGCUUCUCCAAGGUGCAGCGUGUCUGCGGGAUCUCCAACAACCCGCGCAAGUGGACGAAGCAGCACGUCCUGCAGUGGCUGUACUGGGCGUCCGGAGAGUUCAGUCUGACCAACAUCAGCUUCUUCAGGUUUGACAUGAGCGGACAGGAGCUGUGCGACCUGGGAAAGGACGGGUUCCUGGAUCUGGCUCCGGAUUUCGUGGGUGAUAUCCUGUGGGAGCACCUGGAGCAGAUGAUGAGAGGCUGUCAGGAGCAGGAAGCGGCCGGAGUGUUGAGUCGCGAGGGCAGCUGGACGAGCAGUGUGGGUCUGGAGGAGUGUUCUCUGACGGUUCCUGAUUGUCGCAGCAGUCUCCUGCGGGAGCUCUUCGAGACGUCUGAGGAGUGUGGUCAGCUGUCCCUGUACUCCAGACCUCAGCUCAGCACCGUCAGCUUCAGCUGCAUGAAAGCGUCUCCGCGUCCCGGCGCAGCAGUCUCGUCCGGCGAGCAGACGUCGGUGGAGAGUGUGGAGAGUGUGGAUGGCUCUGAGAGUGUCCUCCGCUCCUGGGGGAGCCACUCGUCCCUCGCCGACGCCCAGCGCGUCCCGUCCUACGACAGCUUCGAGGAGGAGCUCGGCGUGGCUCCGCUGGGCCUCGGCAAACAGGGCCUGUCCUUCAAAGACUACGUCCAGGAGAGGAACGAGCCGCUGGAGCAGGGCAAACCCGUCAUCCCCGCUGCCGUGCUGGCCGGAUUCACCGGAAGUGGCCCCAUCCAGCUGUGGCAGUUCCUGCUGGAGCUGCUGACGGACACGAGCUGUCAGAGCAUCAUCAGCUGGACCGGAGACGGCUGGGAGUUCAAGCUCACCGACCCCGACGAGGUGGCGCGCCGCUGGGGGAAGAGGAAGAACAAGCCCAAGAUGAACUACGAGAAGCUGAGCCGAGGCCUGCGCUACUACUACGACAAGAACAUCAUCCACAAGACGUCAGGGAAGCGCUACGUGUACCGCUUCGUCUGCGACCUGCAGAACCUGCUGGGAUACACCGUGGACGAGCUGCACGGCAUGCUGGGAGUGCAGCCGGACACCGAGGACUGAAGCGGCGGCGGCAAACCUGCGUCACGUCCAGACCUCAGAGGAGGUCUCUGUUUGCGGGGAGCGGCCGGAGCGCGAUUCUGGUUGCGGUUCUUCGGUCAGCCGAGCGUUAAAGACACUUUUAAACACUUGACACUGGACUCGAUCUUUCCUCGCGGUGUUCCCUGAACCAGGCGAUUCCUGACGAGACCAAAGCCAGUUUGAUUUCCGGGAUCGCCUUAUCGACGCCUCUCUGAGAACGAGUGCUGAUCUCAUUUAUUCAGAACUGGAUGUUCAGGUUCGGAUCACAUCUGGUGGCCUUUCUGACGGAGACUCAAUCACUUUUAGCUUUGAUUCGAUGUCCAAUGUUGGUCCAGGAUUUUGCGACCGCUUCUGUUUUUCCUGAUAUUCCUGUAUAUUUUGUGAGUGUUUCAGUAGAAACCGCUGUUCGUGAGACGAUCUGUGUAUUUAUUCGAGUCUCGCUGGACUACGGAGGUGUUCUGUAUAGUUGCUGGUUUUCGCUCAGGCCAAAGGGACGUGGAGGUUUCACGUCUGAAUGUUUACGUUUACCAAAGCUCCGAGGCGUUUGCCAGACGCAGAACUGAAAGCUGCUUUCGUUUCGUACACUGAAGAUCUUUCAGGAUCAGAACCACUGUUUAACUGUACAUUUAUGCUGUAUAUUUACUCCAGACUUCUACGGUCUACAUCUGCGUUACUGUAGAGACGCAGGAUUGUUAUUAUUAUUAUUAUUAUUAUUAUUAUGAGAAUUUAUACAGAAACAAUGUGACUAUUCAUCACUGUGUCUGUAAGUGUGUUUGUAUUUGAUUGUUUUUUUUCUAUAUACAGUUGCUCUUAAGAGCAGAUCUAUUUUGACAAAUGAAUAUGAGAAGAGCGUUAUGAUGGAGAGAUUUAUUGAUCGGUUCAGGUGUUUUUAAGAGAGUCGAGGCAGUGCUGAACGUCCUCUGAAGCGUGGCUUUACACCGGUGGAAACAUGUUCAGCAGGAUCGGUGUGUUUGACUCAUGAGAAUCUGUUCAGACGUGCAUCUUUAUGUCAUGAACACGCUGCCAAGUAUUUGUGAAAGUCAACAAAUAAAUUCUCGUUAAAUGA